AUGAGUGAGGCUAUAACUGCAGUCAGAUGCAGUUCAGAGUACUAUGAAGAUACAGAGCACCUCAAAAAUGAGCUGCUGGCAGUAGCUGCUGUUCUUCAUUCAAUUCAUCACAUGAGGGCAUAUGAUCCAGAGAACUGGGAGAAGGAAGAGUGUGAAAAAUAUUGGCAGCACAUUCUCACAUAUUAUGUGAAGCAUUAUCAACAAUAUGAGAAGCCAAGAGAGGUGGCAGCAGCUGAUGAUGAAAAUAUUGAGAAUAUUCUGUUCAAGCAGUCACAUCAGAGUCAAGUCAAUUCUCAGAAUGAGAUGGAGCAGUAUCUUAAUAAUGAGAAUCUGAUGACUAGUUCAAUGUCUCUGUUGGAACAGUGGCAGAAUCUGAAGCCUGUCUUCCCAACCAUGACUCAUAUGGUGAGAGACAUUCUGGCCAUACCAUUAACAGAUGUGGGUGUGGAACAGAUCUUCAAUACUGUACAAGAUAUCUGUCAUUAUCAACAGUCACAACUUCAUGAGUCCAUCAUCAAGAAGAUCAUGUUGCUUAAAUAUAAGAAUAAGAAGCACAUGUUUGAUGAAGUUCUAGUCUCAGAGAAGAAACUGGCAAAGAAGAUUGAUGGACUGGAGGAUGAAAUAGCAGAAUUUCUCAAGACUGAGGCUGGGGGUGAAUUAACAAGAGAUGAGGAGAGACAAUCAGCUUGCUUGUUGAAAUAG